UGAAUGGAAAUGAACAAAAAAAGGUUCGCAUCGAUGAUUCAACAUCGACAAAAUGUGGUCUCGACGCGAACCCGCUGUCUUACUCAGUGGGUCUUCCAUCUGUCUCUAUGGCAAAGAUGAAUAGGCUAUCGAGGACCAUGCGAUUGGAGAUGAUGCUUGAACCGAAGAAUCUGAUCCGGCGACAAGUUCAUCCACCUUGUCUUGUUAGAAUUUUUGCUUUUUAGGGUUCUUCGAUUUCUGGGUCCAUGGCAAGUUCGCAUCUUGGAGCUUCUUCGUUGAUUAAUAGUACUUGGAUGGCUCUGAGCUCCUCUGUGAAAUUAUGGGUCGGCUUCAGAGAUAAGCGCUUCAGACGAUAUAUGGUGGUUAAGAGACGAAGGUUUCGUGUUCGACAAAUGUAUAGGAAGGACCAGAGGAGCAAACGUGAGCUUGUUCGUUUGGUCAAAAGGAGCGAGUCUUUGAGACGGAUUCUGAAGCAAUAUGGAGUUUCAGUAGAUAACCUUGAAGAAACUAACGGAAGCAGUAGCCUUUCCAACCUUGCUUCUGACGAGCAGCCUACCCGUGUUCCUUCGUCCGUUUUAGGUGACUCCCAAAUGAGUGCAGUCGAGAAGUUGCCUGACUCGAGCCUAGAAGAGAAUCACCAUGAAAAUGUGAAUACCUCAUGCAAUUAUUCAGGCCAAAACCUGCGUAGUUUCCCCCAUUUAGAGACAGAUACUGCAAUCGCAAUUCUGCUUCCGACAAUUGCGUUCUGCAUCGCAUGCAUACUCGGGGCAUUCCGUGGAAAAAUCUCCAGAAACCCGAAGGAGAAUCCAGAUGCAAAAACACCUCGAGAUCAUCAUCCGGGAUCCAAAAGAACAAGGUGGAGAUCCGUUUUGGGUGACUGGAGUGAGCCACAUACUGAUGAUGAACAAGAAUCAUCACAAGAUCACAGGGUCACUUUGGGACAAGAGGAAAGUCCGGAAGAAGUGUCUGGAGGAUACAGCAGAGUGGAACAUGAGUACCAGAGGUUUCUGUCGGAAUGUGGGAUCACUGAGCAUGGAUAUUGGCGUGGAGGUUCCUCCGAAUAGUUUUCCAGCAAUCUCAGAGGGUGUGAUUAAAGCCAUGUACAUUGGACAAAGACAACUUCAAUCUGAACUUUCUGCGCGGUUGGCGGUUGUAUAGUUUUGUUAUUGACAGUUGGUCAGUUGGUUGUAUUUAGCAGUUGGCGGUUGGCAGUUGAUUUUAUUGGAACUGUAUGAAGUUAUGUACAUAGGACAAGACAACUUCAAUCUGAACUUUCUGCUGUUGGCGGUUGUAUAGUUUUGUUAUUGACAGUUGGUCAGUUAAGGGUUGGCGGCUGGCAGUUGAUUGGAUCUGUAUGAAGCUAAGAGUGAAGACAUUGUUUAACAAUAUCAACUUUAAUUGUUCAAAAGAAUAGAUCUGUUUUGUAAUAUUAGUAAAACUUGUUGCUGUUUUCCUGUUACAACAGAAGCAUUUCAGAUUUCAGGAUCUUGGACUGAAGAAUGUAACAUCAAGAGGAUAAGGAAAUUUCAUUGAACUUGAGAAAUCAUAACAAACAUCCUGACAACAUUGUCGAAACCCUAAUGAAAACAAUCAAAGAUACACUGGAGGUUUCAUUCCCAAGGCCUCUCCUAGAUGGUUGCUCUCAGCGAACCCGGCGAGCUUUCUCUUCCUGCCCCAACCCCAGAGAUUUUUGAGCGUUUGCAAUGCCUUCGGGAUC